CGGGGUUUCAGAAGCUGUGGAGUCCAGGAAGUAGAAAGAAGAAGCCGGUGAGCUUGCUGGGCUCUGGUGUCUGAGACUCCUGCCCCGUGAUUCGGGGGACGCCCGGUCUCCUGCAGGCCGUCGGGGGCCUGGGCAGCAUGGCGCUCCCCGGCCCGGAGGUGGAGAAGCAGGAGAAGCAGGCGCCGGCGGAGCCCGGGCUGGGCCGCGCGCAGCAGUCGUGGUGGUGCCUGGUGUCCUACCUCUGCUUCUACGGCUUCAUGGCCCAGAUGCGGCCGGGGGAGAGCUUCAUCACGCCCUACCUCCUGGGCCCCAGCAAGAACUUCACGCAGAAGCAGGUCACCAACGAGAUCACGCCGGUGCUGUCCUACUCCUACCUGGCGGUGCUGGUGCCCGUCUUCCUGCUGACCGACUACUUGCGCUACAAGCCAGUGCUGCUGCUGCAGGCCCUGAGCUACGUGGCCGUGUGGCUGCUGCUGCUGCUGGGCGCGUCCGUGCUGCACAUGCAGUUCAUGGAGUUCUUCUUCAGCGUCAGCAUGGCCGCCCGCAUCGCCUACUCCUCCUACCUCUUCGCGCUGGUGCCCCCCGCCCACUACCAGCGCGUGGCCGGCUACUCGCGGGCCUCGGUGCUGCUGGGCGUCUUCACCAGCUCCGUGCUGGGCCAGCUGCUGGUGACCACGGGCCGGAUGCCCUUCUCCACGCUCAACUACAUCUCGCUGGCCUUCCUCAUCUUCAGCCUGGUCCUCACGCUCUUCCUGAAGCGCCCCAAGCGCAGCCUCUUCUUCAACCGCGCCGCGCCCGCGCGGGCCGGGGCCGCGCCCUCCGAGCUGGACCGGAUGACCCCGGGCCACGGGCAGCCCGCGGGCGGGACGCCGGCCGCCUGGCGGGACUCCGCGCUCGCGCGCCUGCUCCGCGAGCUGGGCCGCACCGUGCGGCAGCCGCAGCUGCGCCUCUGGUCCCUCUGGUGGGUCUUCAACUCCGCCGGCUACUACCUGAUCGUCUACUACGUGCACAUCCUGUGGAACGUGGUCAACCCCACCACGGACACCGCGAGGGUCUACAACGGCGGGGCGGACGCCGCCUCCACCCUGCUCGGCGCCGUCACCUCCUUUGCCGCGGGCUUCGUGAGGAUCCGCUGGGCCCUGUGGGGGAAGCUGGUCGUUGCGCUGGUGACGGCACUGCAGGCCGGGCUGGUCUUCCUCAUGUACGAGACCAGGGACAUCUGGCUGUGCUACGCGGCCUUCGUGCUCUUCCGCGGCUCCUACCAGUUCCUGGUGCCCGUCGCCACUUUUCAGAUCGCGUCUUCUCUUUCUCAAGAGCUCCGCGCCCUGGUCUUCGGAGUCAACACGUUCCUCGCCACUGUUCUCAAGACCAUCAUCACCCUCAUCGUCUCCGACAAGCGGGGCCUGGGCCUCCCAGUCCACUCUCAGUUCCUCGUCUACUUCGUGUACUUCCUGGUGCUCUCUGUUGCCUACUUCCUGGCGGCCGUGCUGGUGGGCCUGCGCCACUUUCGACGGGGCCGCCACCAACCCCUGCCGCCGGCCCAGGAGCUGAUGAGCCCCGCGCAGGAGAAGGCCUUGUGGGACGGGGCUGCACCGCCCGCCCCCGAGGACGAUGGUGUGUGGGCCUCAGGGGAGCAGCGCCAGCAGCCCAAGGCCAAGGCCUGACCCUGCCCAACCUCUGUCCCGGCGCUGGCAGGGGCAGCUGAGCCUGGGCCUUGACCUCGGAGCUGCCGCACGCCCAGCCGCCGCCUGUCUCCUGGGGGUCAGCACCACCCACGUGGUCCGCCUGUGGCGCUGUGACUGACGGGCCCCGGAGGUCAGUCCCCGAGACCCACGCCCCGAGGGCCUCUGCCGGGGGUCCUCGGCUCGCCCUGAGCGGGGCACCCUUCAGCCCUGCUUUGUGCCCUGGCCGUGACCCGCGGCCUGCCGGGGACACGCAGGCAGCUGCCCGGCCACUGAGGGCUGGUUUGUUGUCCCUGCCUACACGUGGCCUGUCGGGGGGGGGCCCACGUGCCCACUUUCACCUCCUUGGGAGGCAGGUCCCACGUGUCCCGGGGAACCGGCGAGGUGGUUCCAGACUCCAGGGGCCCCGCCCUCACGGAGUGUCCCGGGCCCUGCGGGCCGGGGUGGGGGCCGCGUUCCUGAGCCCGUGGCUAAACUGGGACACUGGUGGUUGUCCAGGUACUUUUAUUUUAAACGAUGCUCUGUUCGUUUUUUAAAAAAUCUGACAUAAAUGAGGACCUUCGUCUGGCUUGUUUCUGGGGUGGAAUUGGGGUGUUGGGGGUGGCCGUUCCAUCGGGCGGCAGCCGGGCACCGGCUCCCCCAUCCUGGGCUUCCGCCGAGAUCCCCUCUGCCCCUCGCUCCGGAGCUGGGUGGACGCCGCGCCCUGCCGGUGGUGGGCGGCUCACGCGCUGGCCCCGAGGGGACUCGCCCGUGCCGCCCUGGGCGCCGUCGCGCGGCCCGAGAGCCCGCCGUGCCUCCCGAG